AAUCCUCAUCUAAACCAGAAUGCCUGGAAUAACCUUGAGAAGUACUGCAGAAGCUUGGCAAAGCACAACAAGAACGUCUAUGUCUGCACAGGACCCCUCUUCCUGCCCAGGAUGGAGGCCGAUGGGAAGAUGUAUGUCAAGUACCAGGUGAUUGGGAAGAACAACGUGGCCGUCCCCACCCAUUUCUUCAAGGUGCUCAUCUUGGAAAAGGAGAGUGGGGAGAUUGAGCUGCGCUCCUACGUAAUGCCCAACAGCCCUGUGGAUGAGAAAAUCCCCCUGGAACGGUUCCUGGUGCCCAUUGAGAGCAUUGAGCGAGCCUCAGGGCUCCUCUUUGUUCCAAACAUCCUCAAGAGAACAAGUAACUUGAAAGCCAUCACAGCUGGAAGCAAGCAUUGA